CGUCCCGCGCCCUGAGGCGGGCGCGCUGCGGGCGUGGGGACCCCUCGAGGCCCGAGCCAUGGGCCUGCCGCCCCUUGCUUCCGUCUUCUUGGGACUCCUUCUGCAUGCCGUCCUGACGCCGCUGCGGGGGCACCUGGUCUUCAUCCCUCCUGCCGUCCGCCUGUCCGGCCGUGAGGUCAGCGCGGCCCUGGUCGGGGGCCCCGAGGACGUGACCGUGUCGCUGGCCGUGCUGCAGGAGGAGGCGGUUUUGGGUGCCACCCACGUGACAGUUCCGUUGACCUUUGGUUUUCCUCCUCCCUCCUGUUGCUUUUACUUUCCAGAGAACAUGACUGCCAUUCCCAGCCAGGUCUACCAGCCCCUCGGCCCCUGUCCUUGUAAUCUGACCGCCGGGGCUUGCGAUGUGCGCUGCUGCUGCGACCAGGUAUGUUCCCAGGGACUCCGGGUGCCAGGGUGCCAGGGAGCACCCUACACCCCGGACUGGUUCCCCUUCCUGUGCGUGCAGUCCCCCCUGGACAACUCGCCCUUCCUUGGCUACUUCUACCACGGCGCCCUUUCCCAGAAACAAGCCUCUUCCUUUGAAAUGCAUUUGCAUGCUGAUCGAAAAGACUUUUCAGACUUUGGCUACAAACAAGGAGAUCCAAUUAUGACUGUAGAUAAGGAGUACUUCACUGUUCCACAGGUAUCUGUGGCUGGCCAUUGUCUGCAGAACGCCCCCGUGGCCUUCCUCCAGGAUUUUGAGGCCAAAUGCGUCGUGGAUUUGGAAGCACACGGAGAACACGGGGGUUUUCACAAGGUGAAGAUCAAAACCGGUGUACUAGGAGGCAUAAUUACACCAAAAGUCGUCUACGAGGCAGCAGCUGAUGCAGACGAAUUCAUCACUCCUCCAGAAAUGCUUUCCAAUCCGAGGUCAGCACGCAGGACCGUGACAGUGGAAGAGCACUAUAUUUUCAGAUGGAAUAAUAAUACAAUCAGUGAGAUAAACGUCAGAGUCAUCAGGGCCAGCGCUGAUGCCCACCAGAAAGGGACAAUGACACAGAGAUUCACAGUGAAAUUUGUCAGCUCUAACAGUGACAGUCAAGAGGAGUUAUCUGGAAAUCCAGGCUACCAGCUGGGCAAGCCCGUCCGUGCCAUCCAUGCCAAGUGGAAGGAUCUGAACACGACGCUGUACCUCUGGCAGACUGCUGGCCGCGGCCUGUGCUUGUCAGCAACGCUCACACCGGUCUUGUUUGGCUACAAUGCACUGUCCGGGUGCCUUUUGGAAGUCGGCAUCAACCAGAAAUGUAGUCAUCUCAGGGAGGCUGCCGUGGAGAUGCUUGAUUCUUUAGUUCAAGCAACUCACGUUGCCGGGAGGGGCAACUCCGAUUACAGCGACCUGAGUGGCGGCUGGCUGGAAAUCACACGUGUAGACGCUGCUGACCUGGGUGCUGGCCAGCCUGCGGGCGGCGUGCCGGGGGUCUGCCUGAAUAUCCCUGCUCAGCUGAGCGUCCGCAUCCUCGUCGCAGAGGCUGGCGCUGUGGAAGGCGUGGCUCAGCAGCAGAUCGUUGGCGUGGAGGCAAGGUUCUCGUCGGUGACCUGGCAGUACCAGUGUGGGCUGACCUGCGAAGACAAGGUCGGCCUUUUCCCUCUGAGCGCAUCUGUCCAGUUCAUCAAAAUACCUGCCCAGCUUCCCCGCCCACUGACAAGAUUCCAGGUCAAUUUUACCGAGUACGACUGUAGACGGAAUGAGGUGUGUUGGCCCCAGCUGCUCUAUCCAUUGACGCGCUACUAUCAAGGGGAGCCCGAUUCUCAGUGCAUUGCCAAGGGCUUGCUCCUGGCCUCCUUCCUCCUCCUCGCAACGUUCCUCAGUGGGCCCUGGACUAGGAUGUGCAGAGCACGGAGCUGAUCCACCACCUGACUUCUUAAAGGCCACAGACCCUGACUUCCAACAGCCUCUCUGUACUUAAUAAAGGAAACAUUUUAUUUC